GAUAAAUAAACACUGCCCUUUUCUAUAUUUUUCUUUUUCUUUCCUUUUCCCCGCUUCAGUUUCGUUUGAUAUUUCCCUUCUCUCGUUGUCUCUUUGUCUUCACUUCCACCAUUUUGCUAAUUUUCUCAUCUUUUUCUUUUAUUCGGUUCUCUUGGGAUUUUAACAGAUACCUAAUAAGAUUAUGAGAAUUCGAAAGAACAAGAAGCUAUCGUCGUCGCUGAUAUACCCGCAAGGUUCAAGGGUGCCUGAGAGUGUUCACGUUUGCCGGCUCAACCAGUCAACAUGGGAUGUGAUUCCUUUACCUCAAGAACCGUAUCUUCAUCACCAGUUCGAAUACGAAGAUAUCUUUAAUGGAAAUGGGAGCAUUGGCGAUUCUAUCGGUGCUGUUGAGAGCGUAGAUACAAUGGCGGGGAGUAAAGAGGAAGCAAUUAUGAAAGUGGGAGGCAUGGUUAUCGAUGAUAAUGACGAUAACAGUGAGAUUAAAACAGACAAGCAGUUUGGGUUUGAGAACCAAUGCGAAGAAGAAGAGGAUAUGGAACCCAAUCAAGAGCCAGGUCUGCUGAAAUCCUGCAACUACAACAACAGCAGCGAUAGUGGGAAUAAUAUGAAACCAGGCAGGAAUACAGAGAAUUACAACAAUCAACCCACCAGGAGCCGCCGAGAACGAGCUCGAGCAUCCAGGAAAGGCCCGUCAUCAGCAUCGAAUCCGUAUGAAUUUUACUAUUAUUCUGAGUUUGGGCCGUCGUGGGGUAAAAAGAGACGCGGCGGCGGUAAAGGGAAUCAGGGAGGGAAGCGUCAUCAUUGCCCAAAACAAUUCGGCCCGUCUUCUUCUUCACAGAUCGAUGAUAACGAAGAAUUCGAUUAUGUCGAUGAGGAGGAGGAGGAUGACGAGGAUGGAGUGGCAAGAAACGAAUGAGAAAGCCCAUCAAAGCAAGAUCGUUGAAGUCCCUACUGUGAAGAGGGGAAAAACAAAAGGUCGGGGUUCUUUUUUUGUAUUUUCUCUUUUGUGUAUAACUAUUUUGAAAUUGUCUU